AAGGAUGCUGUGUAGUAGGGUUGCGCUCGUAGCCUACUACGUCAGCCAUCCUGGUGCACAUCACAGGGACUGGGUGAACAACUACGGACCAAUUUUCAGUCAACCGGAUUUUACAUCUUUUGCUUUUUGACGGAGUGCCAUUCUAUUAAAAAAAGAUAUAUAUAUAAAUCAAGGUUUAAAACCGGAAACACCUUGAUCUCUUUUCACUCAAGGUCGCUGCCCUAACUCUGUAUUCUGGCCGAGUCAAGAGAGGAAGAAGGGAGCUGUCCGGGGUGCUGAAUUCCAGAUCCAUAGAAAUCCACAUUGCCCAUUCAUGCGCCUGGGCCAUUCCUGAUCCCUCCGAUUCCUAGCAGAAACCAAGCAGCUCCACAUCCAAAAAUGGACGACGGCUCGUACCGAGACGGGCGUACGGACUUCAUCCGCGGCGCCAAAGACAUCGCCAAAGUGGUCAAGAAGCAGGCGGGCAAAAAGGUUGGGCGGGGAGUGGACAAAAUGGCCGACGAGUACACCAAACGCUCGUACAAGCGCUUCGAGGAGGACGACGACGACGACGACUACCCCGGAGCCCAGGAUCAGGACGGCGGCGGCUACUACCGCAACGACAGCCGGGCCAACGACGACGAGGGCGGCCACAGCGACUCCACAGAGGGCCACGACGAAGACGACGAGAUCUACGAGGGCGAGUACCAGGGCAUCCCGCGGGCAGAGUCGGGCAAGACGGGCCCCGCGGACGGCGUGGCGGACGCCCAGGCCCAGCUCCGGGACCUGUCGCAGUACGAGGGCGAGCGCCGGAAGGACCAGGAGGAGCUGGCGGAGCAGUACGAGACCAUCCUGCAGGAGUGCGGUCACGGCAAGUUCCAGUGGACGCUCUACUUUGUGCUGGGCCUGGCGCUCAUGGCCGACGGCGUGGAGAUCUUCGUGGUGGGCUUCGUGCUGCCCAGCGCCGAGAAGGACAUGUGUCUGUCCGAGCCCAACAAAGGAAUGCUGGGUCUGAUCGUCUAUCUCGGGAUGAUGGUGGGGGCAUUCGUGUGGGGGGGUCUUGCUGACAGGAUUGGCCGGCGACAGACUCUCCUCAUCUCCCUCUCCAUCAACAGCGUGUUUGCCUUCUUCUCCUCCUUUGUCCAAGGAUACAGCUCCUUCCUCUUCUGCCGUCUGCUCUCCGGCGUGGGUAUCGGCGGCUCGAUCCCCAUCGUCUUCUCCUACUACUCAGAGUUCCUCGCUCAGGAGAAGAGAGGAGAGCACCUCAGCUGGCUCUGUAUGUUCUGGAUGAUCGGUGGCAUCUAUGCCUCUGCCAUGGCCUGGGCCAUCAUCCCUCACUAUGGCUGGAGUUUCCAGAUGGGCUCGGCAUAUCAGUUCCAUAGCUGGCGUGUGUUUGUGUUGGUGUGUGCCUUCCCCUCUGUGGCGGCCAUCUCUGCCCUCACCACCAUGCCCGAGAGCCCUCGCUUCUUCCUGGAGAACGGGAAGCAUGACGAGGCGUGGAUGAUCCUGAAGCAGGUUCAUGACACCAACAUGAGGGCAAAGGGCUACCCCGAGAGGGUCUUUUCUGUGACCACCAUCAAGACGGUUAAGCAGAUGGAUGAGCUGGUAGACAUGGGCGAGGGCACUGCCUGGCACCAGAAGUGGAAGAUGAAGCUGACUGCCCUUUUCAACCAGGUGUGGAGUAACUUCCUGACCAUCUUCUCUCCUGAGUACCGCCGCACCACCUACAUGAUGAUGGCAGUGUGGUUUUCUAUGUCCUUCAGCUACUACGGUCUGACUGUGUGGUUCCCUGACAUGAUCAAGUACCUUCAGAAGCAAGAGUACUCUUCUCGCACCAAGGUCUUCAUCAAGGAGAAGGUGGAACACGUUACUUUUAACUUUACCUUGGAGAACCAGGUGCACCGCAACGGAGAGUACUUUAACAACAAGUUCAUGAACCUGAAGAUGAAGUCCAUGGUGUUUGAGGAUUCUCUGUUUGAGGAGUGCUACUUUGAAGACAUCACCUCCAGCAACACAUUCUUUAAAAACUGCACAUUCAUUGCCACCCUCUUCUACAACACAGAUCUCUUCAAGUACAGGCUUAUCAACAGUAGACUGGUCAACAGCACUUUCCUCCACAACAAGGAAGGCUGCAUGCUCAGUGAUUUCAGUGAUGAGAACAAUGCGUACAUGAUCUACUUUGUCAGUUUCCUGGGCACUCUGGCGGUGUUGCCCGGCAACAUCGUCUCAGCACUGCUCAUGGACAAGAUCGGACGCCUAAGGAUGUUGGCUGGCUCCAGUGUGAUCUCCUGUGUCAGCUGCUUCUUCCUGUCGUUCGGCAACAGCGAGUCGGCCAUGAUUGCUUUGCUCUGUCUUUUCGGGGGCAUCAGCAUUGCCUCCUGGAACGCCCUGGACGUGCUGACAGUGGAGCUCUACCCGUCUGAUAUAAGAACCACAGCGUUUGGAUUCCUUAACGCCCUCUGUAAGUUGGCAGCUGUUUUGGGGAUAAGCAUCUUCACCUCCUUCGUGGGCAUCACCAAGGCCGUCCCCAUCCUGUUUGCGUCGGGGGCUCUGGCGGCUGGGAGCUUCCUAGCGCUUAAGUUACCAGAGACACGGGGUCAUGUGCUCAAAUAGUGUGGCACCGCCCCCAGGGGGUAACUAUUAGGAUGGGAGGGGGGGAGAAGAAGAGUUAGCCACACUGUGAACAAACGGCCCAAGAGCCCCUCAAACUCUACCCAGUAAGCCCCAGAGAAUAAAACUAGAAAGGGUCUGUUCACAGGCGUCAGACUGCAUGCAGUAGCUGCACAGAUCUGCUUAAGCUGUAUAGCAAAUUGCCUGAUACUGGAAUUAGUGUUUAGAUAUUCAGGUAUUUGAAGCUGUGCAGCAACUGCUUAUAAUAGAUACCUGUGAAUAACCUCCAAGUCAUAAAGGGAAGUGCAACCAAACUACGCCCCAAAAGCCAACAAGAGGCUCAUUCAUGAUUGGUUGUACUGUAAAUAAGAACAAAAUUGAACAGUGUUUGUGGUCAUUAGAGUUACUGAGUGUAUGUAGUUUUUUCUUGAUACAGUUGUGAAAGGAUGUUUGAAAAAGCUUAGUUUAGAUGCACUUUCCUUGUUGUAAACACAUGCAUCUGGGGUCCAAAAGGGAAGGGAUUGGGGGCUUUGAUAAUUAACCAUGCAAAAUAUCCCCCUUCCACCUACAACAAUGACCACUAGCUACUGGCUUUAGAGUAAUUAAUGUUCUCAUCCAUUUCUCUGGUCAGUUCAAUUCACCUCUCAUCUCUCUGAGUCUACAUUUUGCCAUAUAAGGAUAUAACUCAAAAAUGCUAAUGUAUGCCUUGAUUUAAAGCAUUUUUGACUUUGUGAUAAAAACCAUGACACCUCCUGGCUUUUUGAUCAACCAAGACCUGUCCUCAUUCUUUACCUGCUUAUGGUCUUGUGUUUGUCGACAGAAUUACUGCCAUUUUAUAGAUCUUUUGAAAAAUUAUGAAACAUUCCAGCUUUGCUUUUAUUAUAGUUUGAAUUUGAAUAUUGAUAAUGUGAUCUGUUGAGAUUUCUCCCUUUAAAACAUUAUUUCAGAUCAUUACCCGAUUAUAAGGUUACUUGAAUCAAUGGACAAAUCACCUUUGAUUAACACUUGACACUGUUAAAAAUAGCACUAGAUAUUAUUUGCCAUCUCACAUUUAAAGCACAACUGUUUGCCAGUGUGAAUGUUAUCAAACAAUUUCUUGACAAUGUUUGAAAUCCCACAUAGUUCAAUUGACAUUAUUACUUCAUUCUGUAGAUCUUGGCUGUUGUUACAUAUGCCUUUUUCGGUACCCUCCUCCCUGCUCUAGUGAUGUGUGUUUUGAGAGUGUUAUGCAUGUUACAAAGUAUGUACGUAAAAAUGUCAGUAAAACAACAGUAAGGCGUUUUCAUGUUGCGGUGUAUCAAGUAGUGAUAUUUUAAUUAAUUCUCUGGCUCCAUAGCAUACUGGAUUUACUCUGCUACACCACCGAUAACAAAACUUGUUGCAUUUCCAAAAUCCACAUUGAUGGGCUCAACUUAGAUUUGUUCUGUUAUCUGUUUUGUAUUUGUAUAUUCUUUUCCACACCCUGUGCUUUGGUAUCAUCAACAUCCCCUCCAAGACAAUUGUUUUGAUGGAAAACAUCAAAUUUGUUGAGAAAGAUGUAAUGUACGCACAAUAUGGUUUAAGACUGUAUUGAAAACAUUUAUAUAUUGUAAAUUUACAUGUCGAGAGAACGUCUAGGCGUGAAAGUGUGUUUGAAAAAAAAAAAAGAAAAGCUAAUUGCUAUCACACAAAGGGAAGAUAAAAAUGUGUUUAGGGAAACACUAAACUUUGGACCAAUGUGAUAGGUUCCUGGUAGAAUCCACUUAAUGUGUACUUCUUUUUUGUUCUAAAGAUGUUUAUCUGGUGCGACAUGUGUAAGACGUUCUUCAAAUGAGCACAUAUUGUGUACUGAUAUAAAAUACCUACACGCUGUACAUCAUAGCCCACAUGUUAGAAUCUUAUUGUAUGGAUGUGAAUGUGUUUUUGUGCAAUAUUGAACCUGUAUGUGCAAUAUUGAACAUUUAUGUUCUGUUUUUAUAUAUUUCCUAUUUUCAGGUACAUAUUUUUAUUUGAUAAUGUACACUUGAUAGCUUAAUUAUUUGUAACUAAUGUGGUUUUACAUGUAAAAGCUGCUUAUUUGAUCCUACGAUCAAACCAGUCUUAAAGAUUCCAACCUCAGUAGUUGAACUAUCAAAGUGUGUAGACGACAUUUUGACUAAACAUUGAAACAAAAGGGAGUUUUAGAGCUUCAUGUGUUUCCUUACCCCUUUGGUCUUUAUUUUCCGUGUGGCAAAGCACAUUCUUAUUGAGGUGAGCAAAACGCAGAUUUAUUUGCAUAGAAAUACACUUUUCACAAAGUGGCAAUGAGGGACAUCAGAUAGGAACAUUUUGUUUUGGGUGGUACAAACAAAUGCGUGGAGGCGUAUUUUAUUUUUUCUUAUGAUAUUACUGGCAGACAACAUACUGCUUUUAAUGGGUAAUGGAUAUUUAACUCAAUGAUUUAGCUAAAGGUUUAUUUCUGAGAUAGUAAAGAAUAUAUUACAUUUUCUCUCUUGGCACACUAGCCAAUACUGUUUUUUCAGCCAAGAAUGAUAUGUUCACAAUUGCAUGCUACAACGCAACAAAAGAGAAGCACUGAUCAAGGAAAUGAAGUACCCAAACUGCCAUGUUGUAGGAUAGCAGCCAUAUUGUUUGUAGACUUAAGUUAUCGAUAGAGACCAAUCACCACUGCACUAAAUGUACUUACUUGUACAUGCACAGUUGAUAAUGCCUUGUGUUCUUAUCCUAUAAGGUUAGUCUUGCAAAAAUAUACACAAUUAAGCAGCACAUGAAUAGUACUAAAGGUAAAUACUUCGCUAGAGCACAAAGACUAUUCAAACUACCAAAUCACAAGGAACUGUGUGGUUAACAUACAUGCAGUUGUGAACAGGUCACAGCAACACAGUCACCUAACUUUAAGCAUACAGAUCACAAACUCAAUUAUCUGCCCCCUCAUUUAAAGCUAAUGCAUAAAACACAACCAGAGGUUUAGAUUGUCCCUUGUGUUCCAUAACACUUGGUUGACAUCCACAUUUAUUGAAGAUUUUUUAUGAAAUUAUCUUUAAGCGUGCCAUAAGUACCAUCUCCCAUCAAUUAUUGCCAAAUGUUUUGUAAGUGUCAGUAAUAUAAAUACAGCAGUGCAUAUAUACAUGACAGUACAGUAAGAAUACAGUACAGUGAAUUAUAACAUAGAUCUAUGAUUCUUUAAAUAAUACUAUAGAAAAAAAGCUGAUUUAAAAAAUACAUUCUGGAAAUGAAUAGCCAGUCUGUUAUAAUGCUAUGGCCAUAAUUUCCUCUAAGAAGCACAUUACAACUUUUAAAAGUACAUAUUCUUUGGUACAAAUUCAGCCUUAGCAUUACAGCAUGUUCCUAACCUAUAACUCCAUGUCCUGUCUCUGUUGUCUAAAUCACUCAUGACAUAAUAAUCAAGGAUGUCAAUAUUGAUGUUGUAUGAUAUGGAACGCUAUGAAAUGCUGACCUAUCAAUUGAAUCUCAGCGAAUCAGUUCAGGAUCUGUUCAAUUGAGAUUUCUUCAAGUUGUUGCAUAUCUUAAAUUAUGUUACAGGGUUUUUUGUAUUCUUAACUUGUUGCUUUGGCAACAGUCAAUCGUGAGUGCAAAAAGUUAUUAAAGCAAUAAGUGUUAGGGUAUUUUGUCUAUUUUGUUCUAACCCCCCAAACUAUUGGGAUUUGAAGCACAUUAUGCUGGCCUUGUAGAGUGAAAUGCUGGGUGUUGGCAUCUACUAUUGGGAGUGAACUGCAUACAUUCAUGUCCAAUCUCUAAAAACUACCCUUGGUCUUUGAGGCUCUGUCAAUAAGAAUGCAUUGUCAUUAAUUACAUGUAACAAAGAAUUUAUCACAUUGUCAUUGUACUGUGGUGUAGAAACUGUAGUUAUUUGUAUGUAAGUAUAAAACCUGUAUGUGGAACCAUAAAAUAUACAAAAGACAAAAAAAAAACUACUGAAGUGUAAAUGAAAAUAUUGUAUGUUGUCUUUGAGUUUGUGUAUUUUGUAAAUGAGAAUGGAAUCUAAGUAAAUACAAUAUUAAAUACUACUGGUUAUGAAGAAUA